AUGGAGGUUGCACCGCUGACCUUGGCCCACACCCACGCACGUAAUGCCGUCCUCGAAACCCGCAAGUCCAACCCCGUCGCCGCCAGCGAGGAGCAUGAUUUAGCAGCCGGUGAGUUCGCGACCGUAGCCCAGAGCACUUCUGACCAAGAGGCCCUGCGUACACUGCGGCUCCUCGAACACCACCACAAGAAGCUAGCCGAGAUCUUAAGAUUCCAACAUGAGCACCCUGCCAGUGCAGCUAAUGGAGCAGCGUCCGCCGCGUCCCCGAUAAACGCCUCCGCUCAGUCUUCGGCAACAGAGACGCGGGCCGCAAAGACCGCAAGCCAGGAUGCCCAAAGCCAACCUCCGAGACUGCCAGGGAACCCUCGGUUGCCAAGUCGAGAGUCUUCUUCUAUCGCUAGUAAUCUAGCGUCUGCGCGAGGCAUACCGGCCCACCCUCGCCGCGGAUCCCCAGUGUCGCCGACUCUUUCCACACAGCAAGCCGGGGCGAAGAUGACCGAUGGACCGUCAAGAAUUGGAACAGGAGAGUCAAGACCGCGAGAGGCGUCGAUGAAGAACCAGAAUAGCCGCACACCAAGACAGCCCUGGUCUCCGCCAUUGCCCAGUCCCACUGAUAUCACGUCUCAGCAAGUCGUGCCUUCGGAGGGUGCCGAGUCAACUCCUUCAAAAGGUCAAACUUCAACUACGGAGGAUUCGUUCCAACGCUUUUACUCAACAUUUGAAGGUCUGAUCUCAAAAAUUUCUGUACCUUUAUCGUUUGCAGGACUUCCUCUGGGAACGGAAGAUUCGUCAAAGACGGCACCAGCCAGUCGAAAAUCCCCCGCAGAGACCAAGCUUGACCGCCAUCAUGCCACUUCAGACCGCAAGUCUACCUUCCAGGAGCCAGACGUGAACCGGCUCUUUUCGAGGGCAGCUCUGCGCUCAAUCCAUGACAUGCCCGGAACCGGGCCUGGAAACCCGGCCGAGUCUUUCUAUGUUGUUCCCACCACCGGGGGCACGAUGUCAUAUGCGGGAAUUCUAUCUCGGGCCGAGAAAGAGGCGCGUCGAAAUAGCUUUGAAGACGGCGAGGAUGACUUUGUAGAUGCGCGAGAAACCCCAUCAACUCCCGAGAUGCGACAGAGUAUCGGCAAUACUUCGCGGGCAUCACGCCGUGGUGUAUCGGAUAAACUCACGACCUUGCAGAACCCAAAGACCUUGGAAGAACUGCAGAUGGAGAAUCAGGCACUGAAGCAACUAUCAGAUACUCUUUCAAAACGUCUACACAUGUGGGAGGUCAAUGCACAGUCAUCAUCCAUGGCGCUACAGCAGUCUCUAAGAGCAAUGCAUCACCAUAACUCUGGAGCGUCAGAGUAUUAUACUCAUGGCUCCCCUGCCGUAUCCCCUACUGCAACUCUCACCACGGCACCCGCGGCUUCGGAUGCAGAUGCCCGAGUUAAAGAGCUGGAGGACCUCGUCCGUCGCGGUGAGCGGGAGCUGGAAAGAGUUGGCCGAGAAAACGACAAACUCAAUAAAGUCCUUGGACGGUAUCGGGAUCGAUGGGAAAAAUUGAAGGAGGGCGCGAAGACAAGACGUGCAGAAGGUCGCUCAGCGGACGGGCAAAGUAAUCCGACCACACCGGUAGUGGGUAGUAAGAAAGCUGAUCUACCUCCCUCGCCGCAGCCGGGGAAUACACCAGGCAAAGCGGUUCCUAGGAGGGGGUCUGGAUCAGAGCCCGAAGGACUGGAAAAUGAGGGUACCUGA